AUGCCGGAGAAUCGCCCGCCGGUGGGUUGGUCGGUAGAGGGUGCGCUUGACGGGGGCGACAGCCAUGCUGGGGCGCUGGGCACGCCGUGCGCGCUCGAUGAGGUCGACAUGCCUGAGAAUCGGCCGCCGGCGCCCGGCGGGAUGGCCGGUGUGCUAAAAAGGAUGUGCACGUCUUGCAAAACUUGCAAACUGCGGGAUGAGAAUAUGUACAGGAAUUUUGAUGAUGAAAAGAAGCACUACUUGGUGCUUAUGAUGGGUGAUUUCAGAGAUGCGAUGAUAAUCCCAGAAGAACUUCUCCGGCGUUUCAAAGGCGAGUUCCCAGGAGAGAUCAAGCUAGAAACCCAAAAGGGUGACAUUCACACUAUUGCGGUUGCCAAGAACCAAGAAAAGCAUGUCCUUACACUGGGUUGGAGUCGGUUCGUUGAAAUCUAUGAUCUACACAUGGGUGAUUCCUUAAUAUUAAAAUACAAUGGAAACUCUCAGUUUGAUGUCAUAAUAUUUGAUAACCUUGGUCGAGAGAAAGCAUUGUCGGUUGUUCUGGAUCCUUUUAUGAAUCAGGUUCAAGACAGGCGCAGCGGCACACAUGAAAUUGGGUCUGCUAGAAACAUGGAUGCACCUUGUGGAAGAUGCAAAAGCUAUCUCGAAUUUUACUACAUGAACUUGGAUGAUGAAAAAAAAUAUUUGUCAAUGCUUAUGAUGGGUGAUUUUCAAAAUGAGAUGAUCAUCCCAGAAGAAUUUGUUAAGCGUUUCAAGGGCGAGAUCCCAGGAAAGAUCACACUUGAAACAAAAAAUCACUGCAGUUACAUAAUUGGAGUAACCAAGCAACAAGAAAAGCUUGUCCUUACAGCGGGAUGGGGGAAUUUCGUUGAAACCUUUGCUCUGCAGAUGGGUGACACAAUAGUAUUCAGAUACAAUGGAAACUCCAAGUUUAGUGUCAUAAUCUUUGAUAAUCUUGGUUGUGAGAAUGCAUUAUCAGUUGUUGUUGAUCCUUUUGUGGCUCCUGCGCAAGAAAGGUACACAAAGCCCAUGGAAAGACAGACACCUACUAGCAGAGUGAACGGGCCGCUGAUGGAGUUGAUGGAGUCACCACCAACGAAAAGACAGCGGCGCCUGCAAACGGACAAGUCAUGUCAAGGAAACAUGGCUGCAAUAAAUAAUUUCUCCUCUGAAUCAUCUGAAGAAUGUUUCUCCUCCGAAGAUGGCCAUGGAGCACCGGAUGUGUCUGAUUCCAAUUGGACUGUCGGAAAGAAGAGCUGGCUAUCUUCUUUUCAAAAGGAGCAGUUGAAUGAUGGUUACGUUACCACACACUUUCCCAGCCACUAUGUUAAGAAAUAUCUUGGCGGGGAUCCAAACAUGUAUCUUAAGGUGCUUGAUCAGAAAUAUGCAGUGCGGUUUGGUGAGACCUCCCAAGAUAAUAGGCUGAGAAGUGGAUGGAAAAAGUUUGUAGAAGAGAACAAUCUGAGGAUGGGUGAUAUCUGCCUCUUUGAGCUGCUGAGCAACCAGGGGAUAAGAACCAUGGAGUUAAUCACUGCCGCGCUGCUGAUGGUGUUAGCCUGA